AUGAUUAACAUUAAACUUGAUUUAAUAUUCUCUAUAUAUGAUCAAUUACAAUUAUAUAUUUUUAGUAUUAUUUUUUGGACUGGAUUAUAUAUAAUAGCUAAUUAAUCUUUAAAUUUAAGUCAUUUACCAAAAAAAAGUGAAUAUGAUAUAAAAAAUAGAAUAAUUUCAGUGGCUCAUGGAUUAACUGCAUUUUAUUUAAGUUUAUAUAGCAUAAUUUAUAAUUAAGAUUAACUUGAUGGAAAAAAUACUAAUUUUUAAAAUUUUAUUUUUAUAUAAUCAGCUGGGUAUUUUUUUUACGAUACAUUUGCCAUGAUUUAUUAUAAUAUUCAUGAUAAAGGAAUUUUAAUACAUCAUGUGGUCGUUCAAAUUUCUUAUUUGGUUUCAAUAGUUUACUAAUAUGGAGGAACAGAAUCACUUUGGGCUUUAAUAUUUGCUGAAGUUACUAAUUGGUCAAUGAAUUUUAGACUUAUUGUUAAAUAAUUAGGAUUAAAACAUACAAAACUUUAUUAAUUUUUAGAAUACCAUUUUAUUUCAUUUUAUAUAGUUUCAAGAGGUAUAUGUGUACCAGUAUAUGUAUAUCAUUGUAUAAUAUCUCAAUUUUUUCCUUUUAUUUUGAAAAUUUUAUGCAUUGGAUUAUCUGCUUAAUCGAUUUAUUAUAUAUUUGU